AUGAGAACUCACACUGGAGAGAAGCCGUAUCAGUGUUCCGAAUGUGACAAAGUUUUUGAAACCAAGAAAGAGCUUAUCAAGCACCUGAGGAUUCACACUGGAGAGAAGCCGUAUCAGUGUUCCGAAUGUGACAAAGCUUUUACAAUUCUGCAAGAUCUCAGCAAACACAUGAGAACUCACACCGGAGAGAAGAAGCCCUAUGAGUGUUCCGAAUGUGACAAAGCUUUUAAAACCAAGAAAGUGCUUAUCGCGCAUCAGAGGAUUCACACCGGAGAGAAACCAUAUCAGUGUUCCGAAUGUGACAAAGCUUUUACAAUGAAGCCAAAUCUUAUCAUACACCAGAGGAUUCACACUGGAGAGAGGCCAUAUCAGUGUUUGGAAUGUGGCAAAGAUUUUACAAUGAAGUCAAAUCUUACCGCACACCAGAUGAUUCACACCGGAGUGAAACCGUAUCAGUGUUCAGAAUGUGGCAAAGCUUUUAUAAUAAAGAAAACUCUUAUCAAACACCAGAUGCUUCACACUGGAGAGAAGCCAUAUCAAUGUUCUGAAUGUGACAAAGCUUUUACAGACAACAGAGGGCUUAACAGACACCAGGGGGGUCACACCGAAGACAAACCACAUAAAUGUUCUGAAUAUGGCAUUGCUUUUGCACAAAAGGCAACACUUACCCAACACCAGAAGAUUCACACCGGAGAGAAGCCCUAUCAAUGUUCUGAGUGUGAUGAAGCUUUUACACUUAAUUCUGAGCUAAUCAAACACCAGAGGAUUCACACGCUUUAA